UGUAAAUCCGUGAAUCGUUUUCUGGUUUCCAUAAUAAUGAAGUGUGAUGUUCUAGGUUGGUUGUGUGACGUACAAUUCUAUUUGGAAUUCUUUGUAAUGAUAUUUAUUCAGGAUUUCUCGCAACAACAGUGUGGUAUCACGUUGUGAGUGUAUUCAUUGGAGGCGUUGGUUCACUGGUUGUCGGAUUUUCUUUAUUUUGAUGCACGACUUUGUAUUAUGUCGUUUUUGUAUCCUCACUAUCAUGGAAGUUGUAAGUUGUAGUUAAAAGUCCGCGGGUACAAUGAAGCUAUAUAUGAAGAAUCUGUUAUUUGCAACUUUCAUAGCAGCCACAUUUCAUUUGUUGUAUAUGAUUGGGAACCGACCUUGGAUGCGAAUAAAUCGGUGUAAGAUGACUUACAUGUAUCGAAUUAUGAAUUUCAUGCGCAUUGAUAUUGUUCGCACAAAGUUGAAGCAUGAUCAAACUGAAAAUAUUAGAUAUCCAUUUUCGAGUGAUCUCAGUGGCUAUUCGACGGUUUUAUAUGGGGAAGGAGAAUAUGCUCGCAAUUACAUGAAAACUGGACAGGUUAAUGGACUUCCCAUCAUUUUUGUGCCUGGCAAUGCAGGUUCUUCCAAACAAGUUCGUUCUUUGGGGUCAAUACUCCACAAUAAGACCGAAAGUAGGAAUUUACCAUUCACAUUCGAUGUCUUUGCUAUUGAUUUCAAUGAGGAAUUAUCAGGCCUGUCAGGCAUGUAUUUGGAACGGCAAAUCAAGUAUCUCGAGUUAGCAGUGCGACAUAUUUGGGGCAUGUAUUCACCCCCACCUCGUGGUAUCAUAUUUGUUGGUCAUUCAAUGGGUGGUAUUGUUAUACGAUCGCUGUUGCAUAGUAUUCAUUUCGAUCCCAGCAGGGUUGCAUUUGUUGUAACUUUGGGGACACCACACAAAGAUGCACCAAUGGUUUUUGAUUGGUAUUUGAAAAAUAUUUAUGACCGAAUGCAUAACAGUUGGAGAGAGCAUGAAAAAGAAUUGACCAAUCUUUUGGUCUUAUCAGUUUCGGGUGGUUUGAAAGAUCAUCUUGUGCCAGAACAUUUUACUCUUGAUAAUGGUAUUCGCCAUAUUUCGACUACUGCUGUUGAUGGCAUUGAGCUAGAGACCGAUCAUCUUUGUAUUGUUUGGUGUAACCAGUUGGUUAGGUAUAUCUCGCGCCUGUUGAUUGAAUAUGCUUACGAUCCAAAUUCGUUUCACAAACGUGCUGAUAAUAUUGUAAAGCAACUUUUUGAUGCUGAUGGGCUUCUUAGAAAGUUAACGCGUAUGAGAGUAAAGAAUAAUAACGAAGAUCUGAAGGAAUUCGUCUUAUCAUUUCCAAAGGAUAGCUGGUUGUUCAUUGAAAGAAGUAUUGGGAGCUCGUUGUGGACAUCAUCCGGAAAGCCUGUCUAUCCUUCGAACAGUUUGCGACAGACGUUUUAUACAAUCGUUCAUUCGAGUGACACAGAACAGAUUUCGGUACAUCUGAAACGUCAAGAGUUCUUCAAAGCCAUUGCACUUCGAGAAGAUCCAGCAAAGCUUAAUUCUGUUGCUUCACAUUUUUUAUGGGAAGCCGACUUUGAUGGUCGUGAAUCUGUUGUGUUAUUGCCAGUUUAUUUCGGAACUCCAGUUGUUGCCAUUGUUAUAUCACUUGAAUUAGAAUCAUGCAGUGAUGCAGAUGAAUGGUUCGCAAAAGUUGAGUUUCGAGGUCAAGAUCUACGACGUAUAAGCAGUCUUGGUGCCAGCAAAGAACUUCAAAUAAUUGGAUAUUUACUUAAUAAGGGAGAAACAAAAGCCGAGACAUUUUUUGUAUUAAAUCAACGCUGUCGCUUUCACGCACGCCUCGAUAUCAGUUUUUUGGAUACUCUGAUUGUGAAACUAACGGAUUUAUUUAUUCGACCAAUGAAGGACAGACAUCAGAAAAGACUUGUAGAAUCGACAUGUCCUGCCUUUAUUGAAUUGACAGUAAUUGCAACAUCAUUAUUUAUGAACUAUUCAUACAAUGGCUUUUUUGCGCUUGUGAUAAUCGUUAUCUCCAGUUUAUUGCAGCUCCUGAAAACAGCAAUUUUUUCAAAGACUGUUAGUCUCUCUAGUUUUUCGCAGCCAGUUCUGUUAGUUGUUCUUCAUUUUUAUGCCAUUUUGGUUUAUGCACCAUUUGGCGUUUGUUCGAUGUGGAAUAUAAUUAGAUAUGGUUUAUUUGCUGUUUAUGAAGAUCCAGCUCGUGUUCCGGCAUAUUGCAUGGUUUUCUUAAAGUUUAUUCGAUUUUCAGUGGGCAAAAUUCACUUCUUCAGAGCUCAUUACAUUUCUGUGGCUGUGUUGUUGUACACUGCCCUUACCCAAUCGUUUACAUGUAUUUCGCAGUUGGGUUCAUCCUUCAUCGCAGUAAUUGGACUCAAUUGGUUUGUGAAUCAAAGCAAACUGAAAUCGAAAAAGGAGCAUUAA